CCCGUUCGUCCACUGGCAGAGCAGCGAGGAUACGUCUCUGCCCUCGGGCUCUUGAAGAUCAUUCAUUCUGUGAUUUCUUUCCUCGUCUGCGCCCCAUCCCUCCUUCACUGUCCAGCGAAAGGCAGCGAAGAUGGCAACCGCAUGUGCAGCAAGGUCUGCGGUCGCUCUUCCUCUCGCUUCCGUGGCCGCUACCACUGCCUCUUCCUCGACCGCCGCUCCUUCCGUCGCCAUCCCCAGGUCUUUCGAUGGUCUCAACAAGUCGUUUGGCGCCCGGUUGGCGACCCGAUCAACAUCUGCGUUCUGCAAGCCUGUCACCGGAGUCUCGCUGUCACAGUCUGCUAGGAGAUUCGUCGUGUCUGCGAGCAAGGAGGCACCGCUUGUCGGAAAUGUAGCCCCUGACUUCGAAGCUGAGGCUGUUUUUGAUCAGGAGUUCGUCAAGAUCAAACUUUCGGAAUACAUCGGAAAGAAAUAUGUUGUUCUCUUCUUCUACCCAUUGGACUUCACCUUCGUUUGCCCAACGGAAAUCACUGCUUUCAGCGACAAGCAUGCCGAGUUCGAGAAAUUGAACACCGAAGUCAUCGGCGUUUCUACUGACAGCGUGUUUUCCCAUCUUGCAUGGAUCCAAACCGACAGGAAGGCUGGAGGCCUCGGAGAUUUGAACUACCCACUGGUGUCUGACCUGACGAAGAAGAUAUCUAAGGACUUCGGAGUUUUGAUUCCCGACCAGGGUAUUGCUCUACGAGGAUUGUUCAUCAUCGACAAGGAAGGUGUUAUUCAGCAUGCGACUAUCAACAACUUGGCUAUUGGCAGGAGCGUUGAAGAAACUCUUCGAACCCUGCAGGCUGUACAAUACGUGCAGGAGAACCCCGAUGAGGUAUGCCCUGCCGGCUGGAAGCCAGGUGAAAAGACAAUGAAGCCCGACUCAAAGCUGAGCAAGGAGUACUUUGCCGCCAUUUAAAGUAGAUAUGACCCAGGUUCACCGUAAUAGGAGACAGGCUUACUAUGAGUUAGUUAACUUGUAAUAAUGCAGGGAACAAUUUAAUGUGUCGUCCAGCCUGUACGGCACAAUUGCACAAUUUUGUGGUUGUUCUAGGUCGAGAACAGUAAAUAGUGAAAUCCAACGCUGCAUUGGUGCAGCAAAUAACAUCAUGUUACUCAUCUUCAUUCACUUACCCUCACCACACAUGGAUAUAUUUUGGAAGGCAUGC